CACUUCAUAGUUCAAACAUCAAAAUAACACAUAACACAAUCUUCUGCAAAAUGGCUGGUUUAAGUGUUUGGGCACAAAGACAUAUCUCUAGGAUUGAGGAAAACUUUACACAAGCUGAUAAGGAUAAUAGUGGGACCUUACAGCUUUCCGAAGUUAUCCAGGUACUUCGGAACUCCGGAUUUAAAGGAAGCGAUGAAGAGGCAAAGAAAAUAUUCUCCGAGAUAGAUGCCGACAAGAACCAAGUGGUUUCAAGAGUAGAAUUUAAGAAUGCGAUGUCAAAAGUUCCGAAGAUCGAUUUCAAGACUCUAGUGAUGAGAAGAUCGUUUAAACAUUUAGAUACCGAUGGAAGUGGAUUUUUAACCAGAGACGAGAUUCUGGCAGCAGCAACCAAUGAAUGUGGACUUGAUGUAAAGGCUGAAAUGAUAUCAGAAAUGCUGCUAGCCCUUAUAAAGGAUGAUGAUAAAAAGAUUAACUAUGACGAAUUUCUUGAUAUUUGGGGUCGGCGCUCUACUGGUGAACUUCUGAGAGACAUCUUCAAACGGCUUGAUGUGGAUAAGAGUGGAACAUUGUCUAAACAGGAACUAAUAGACGGAAUCAAAUCGGAUGAGGAGUUGAAACUUUGUGGUAACAAACUGUCUAGUAUGCUGAUCACAUGGUGUAAAGGCGAGGACAACAGUCUUAAAUACGAAGACUUUAUCAGAGCUUAUGAAAGCGCAAAGUAACUAUCAUUACGAACGUAUGGAAUACAUUUGUUGUAAAAUUAUUGUUGUAUUUAUAUAACUUAUAUUAAUUUGUACCAAACAUUUUACUCGUAUAUAUAUUUUUUUCAUCGUAAUAAAAGUUUUAAAUCGA